UCAAGUUCCGCCUCUCCUCCGCGAACGUGAAGUGUGUUGACGCACUACAUUUAUUCCGCCUCGUACAGGACCGGCUGGUCACUUUCUACCACAUUUCUCCUCCUCGUUCAACGGUAACACAUACCAAAGACUAUGAAUAGUUUAAUUAAAAUCACUGCGAGGUGUCUGCGGUCAGGGGCACCAGCCUAUCUGCCAAGACCAGCCGACGGACGCGCUUGGUCGGCCCCGGCCCGGUUCCUGUGCGCGGACGUGAAGAAAGACCUUGGUGAGAUGGUGAAGAAGGACAAAGUGGUCGUGUUUAUGAAGGGGACACCGGCUCAACCCAUGUGUGGCUUCAGUAAUGCAGUUGUUCAGAUCCUGAGGAUGCAUGGGGUAGACGAGUAUGCUGCGUACAACGUGCUGGAGGACCAGGACCUCAGACAAGGAGUCAAGGACUUCUCAAACUGGCCCACGAUCCCUCAGGUUUACUUCAACGGAGAGUUUGUGGGCGGCUGUGACAUCCUGCUCCAGAUGCACCAGAAUGGAGACCUGGUGGACGAGUUACAGAAGCUGGGCAUCAGCUCUGCACUGCUUAACGCUGAGAAAGAAUCUAAGUAGAGGAAGAGGAUAAACUCCAAACCACUGACGAGACAGAGGACACACAUGUAUCAGGUUAAAUCCCCCUCCCCACUCAGAUGAUCGCAGAAAAAUCAACUCACAAGGCAGUCAUGGACAAAACGGACUCACCUCCUCCGGCAAAUACGGCACAGCAAGAGUGCAGAUGAAAUUACAAGGAGCAGCAACUGCAUCACGAGUCGUGAACAUCCACGCAUCAUCAUGUUUCAUACAUCAUAACAACACGGAGUGCUUUACAGAGCUCGAGCUGCACUGCUUUACUUCGCAGCAUAUGCACCUGGCCAGCAAGGACUUGAAUCUAGAGGGAAAUAAUGUGUCUGCACAGAGAUCCAAAAUCAUUUUUACCUGACUCAUAUCAAGAUUUCACGUCUUCUUUGUAAAUCUUAAGCAAUAUUAUUUUGCUAUUUGGGGGUCACACUUCCAAGUUGCUAAAAACAGCACUGACAUACCUUUUAAGUUGAUAUCACUAAGUUGUCUAUUCCUAACAACAUUCACAUUUAUUAAAAAUAUUCUGCUUCAGUAAUGUCAGCCUCCACUUGCUGCUAGUUGCUAUCUGUGCUGUCUUCCACUUGGCGCUUUGCUGGUAGUCUACACUGUUUAUCAUCUUCCUUCAGCUGCAAAAAAAAAAAAA